CAAGGCGGGAUGCUGAUGUCCCGUCGCCCCCGAACGGGUCCCUUUCCCUCUCGCCAGCGGCACGGGGAGGGAACUCCGGACGGUGUUAGAACAAAAGUUUCAGUCGCUACCUGCCAUUCCCAGGCUCUAACCCCGCCCCGGCCCCGCCGUGUAUAUUUAAUCGAAGGUUUCGAGGUUUUGCCCGGGGUGCGGGCCCUGGUACUAACCCAGCCGAGAUCUCCGGAUAGCAACCCCGCUUCUUGUUACUGGACAGUGCCUGAGUCUAAAUGAGCCCCCCAGCUGGCCACGUUCCUCUCCCCGAUCGUCCACGCUGCCCCUGCGAGCCACCCGCGGAUACCCCGUGUCCGGGAAGGGAGCAGCUUCAUCCCACUCACACUAACAAAUCCUGAGAGAUUUCAGCGGCUUUUGUCCCAGUUCUGCCAGCUCUUGGCCCUGGCCACAGCAACCCGUGACUGCCCCUCAUGCUGCACUUUUACCCUAGGCGUCCCACUUGGCACCGGCCUUGCUGUGCUCAGCUUUCCCCGGCCGUUAUCGGACAGUUCUGUGUACCCGGCGGAGUUGGACUUUUGUGAGUUUGCAGCGAGCGGAGGACGGGGCACAGCUCAUCCUGCUUGUUGGCCUGAGCGAACGCCCUGGCAUACUUCAGACCCCCCGAGCUCCGAGCGCCGGCCCCUGCACCCUCCUCGCCUCGCCUCGCUUUCCAGGGGGGCGGAACAAGAGAUGCCAAGUUCAAAGCAAGCGUCGUUUGCCGACUGGAAGGAAGAAGCCGCUGGUGGGUUAUGGUGAAGCAUGCAUCGGCUGGGGAGAUCUGUCCACGCACACCUCCCCGGCACCAGAGGCUUUCACAAUGUUGACAAACAAGAAGAUAAUUAGUGGGCAUGUGACUGAUGGAUUAGAGAAGUGUUUGCCCGGGGCCGUUAUGCAAUGCAGGAGGCAGGGCCAAACCCGACUUGGAGUAGAUAUAUACGAGGGCAGUCCAGGCUGGCUAACCGCACUGGGGAAGUGACUCCACACACCAUGGAGCUGGCUGGAGCCAUCACCAUCUUCCUGGGCAUCUACGUGUCCUGCCUCCUCGUCAUCUCCACCUGGAGAAAGCAGUCGCGCUACAGGAACCUGCCCCCCGGGCCCACUCCCCUCCCGCUGAUCGGGAACUUCCUGCAGAUGAAGGUGGGAGAAACCCUAAAAUCACUGGAGAAGCUGAGUGAGAAGUACGGCCCGGUGUUCACCGUCUAUUUCGGGUCCAAGCCCAUCGUGGUGCUGUGCGGGCAUGAGGCAGUGAAGGAAGCGCUGGUGGACCAGGCCGAGGAGUUUAGCGGGAGAGCCCACAUGCCGACUGUCGAGAAGAACUUUCACGGCUUUGGGGUGGUUUUUGCCAACGGGGAGCGGUGGCGGCAGCUGCGCCGGUUCUCCCUCACCGUCCUGCGGAACUUCGGCAUGGGGAAGAAAAGCAUCGAGGAGCGGAUCCAGGAGGAGGCCCAGUUCCUGCUGGAGUCCUUUCGAAAUACAAAAGCGGAACCUUUUGACCCGACCUUCUUCCUGAGCCGGGCCGUCUCCAACGUCAUCUGCUCCAUCGUCUUUGGCGACCGCUUCGACUACGAAGACAAAGAGUUCCUGUCCUUGCUGCAGAUGAUGAACGAAAGCUUUAGAGAGAUCAGCACCCCGUGGUCACAGUUCUACGACAUGUAUGCGGAUUUUCUUAAAUACUUCCCCGGCCCUCACAUGAAAAUCUACUACAUACUGGAAGACAUGAGGAAAUUUAUUGAGAGGAGAGUGAAGCAGAACCAAGCAACGCUGGAUGCCAAUUCCCCCCGGGAUUUUAUCGACUGCUUCCUGAUCCAAAUGGAAAAGGAAAAGGAAAACCCUUCCAGCGAAUUUAACACCAAGAACUUGGAGCUGACCACGCUCAACUUGUUCUUCGCCGGCACGGAGACCGUCAGCUCCACCCUGCGAUACGGGUUCCUGCUCCUGAUGAAACACCCAGAGGUCCUAGGGAAGAUGCACGAGGAGAUCGACCGGGUGAUCGGCCAGAGCCGCGUCCCGGCCAUCGAGGACCGGAGCCAGAUGCCCUACACCGACGCCGUCAUCCACGAGGUCCAGCGAGUCAGCGACCUGAUCCCCAUGGACGUGCCCCACAUUGUGACCCGGGACACCCAGUUCAGAGGCUACACCAUCCCCCAGGGCACCGAGAUCUACCCCAUGCUCAGCACCGUCCUGCGUGACCCCAGCAAGUUCAAAACCCCCGAAAGCUUCAACCCCGAGAACUUCCUGGAGGAGACGGGGCGGUUCCGGAAAAACGACGCCUUCGUGCCCUUUUCCUCAGGUAAGAGGGUCUGCCUGGGCGAGGCGCUGGCCCGCAUGGAGCUCUUCCUCUUCUUCACCACCGUCCUGCAGAGCUUCUCGCUGAAACCCCUCCUGGCCCCGGAGGACAUCGACACCAAGCCGCUGGAGAGCGGCUUUGCCAAAAUCCCCCCCUUCUACCAGCUCUGCGUGGUGCCUCGCUGACGGAGACAGGCGACAAGGCCCAGGCAGGGACCCCAGCCUGGCUGAGAAACCACAGGGGCCAGGGGCACGAACGACAGAUCAGGCCUGAUUCUCGGUUACCCCCUCCCUGCGCUUGGUUUAAAGUAGCUUCAAACUCCUGUUACCUAUUACGGACUCUGUGCGGCCCUGGAGUCAGUUACAGCAGCCUCGGGGCUGCUCUAAUUCACGCUAUGGGCCCUGGGGGACACAGAACAGCCCUGCCCCCGCCCCGCCCCCUAUGGGCCCUGGGGGGCAGAGAAUAACCACAGCGCAGUGCUCUCUGGCUGUGUCCUGGAUCUGCCCUCUGCACCCGGGGCUGGGAGCCGUGCGGUGGGAUCAGGGUCCUUGUGCAGUGUGUGUGGGGGGGGGUCUCCAGGGGCACUGAUGUAACUGCAUUGCUUGGAGCUACGUGAGUGAGAACGACAGCCAGGGCCGGGGUCUCCUUCCGCCC